CCAAAAUGUGUCUCCUUCCUCGGGUUUAGGAAAUGGAUCCCUGCUGGGAUUUCCUUUCAAAGGUGACUUGUAACCUACUCAUUAGGGUAGAUUUCUGCCGGGUACCCACAAACAGUGCCUUUGGCAGGGUCAGCCAAAAGUCGUGCGUGUGUUUUGCGUGCAUGUCUGUACGGGUGUGCAAUUUGGGUGAGGGGUAGAAAAUACCCAGGGCACUUGGCGGCUGUAGCAGCAGUAGCAUUAGGACUUCUAAGAGGAAGGCAGGAGAGGCAAUGCUCUGAUGGGGACUAUGGAGUUUCAGAAAGACCCCAGUGCAGUAGCCCUAGAAAUGCUCUUGAUAGUCCAGCCCGAGAAGAGGAAGAUGGUGCAGAGGCUGCAGAUGGACAGACAGACGGAGAGCCACGCUUCACAUCAAAGCGAAGGUAAAGAAAUCUGUGUUGGCUGGUUAGCUUGCAAGGAUGGGAAGUGCAAACAAACUCAGUGGCAAGGGUUUAACUUUGCAGGAUGAAAGUGGUAGGAGGGGGGAAUAAAGGGAAGGAGGGAGCUAUCUUUGCACAUGCACUCCCACAAACAAGUUUUAACAAAACAUGGGUAUUCCCUUUGUCUGAGCUGCUUUUGCAAACUUUCAGCUUAGCUCCCUCCUACCAACCUUCCUGUGAAAAUUGUUGUGAACCACCCUGUGAACUUUGGAUGGUGGAUGAGAUAACAACAACAACAACAACAACAACGGGAAACACUGUUCCUGUUGCAUCUCCAUCUGGGAAGAAACCUCUGCAGCAGCACAUAGGGCAUAAACACAGCAUUGUGCAUAGUUACUGUGAAGGCAAUGUCUUCACACUGUCCCUUCUCAAUGUGAGAAGUUUUACAGUGUGAGAAACCUCCAAAGUUGUCAUUCAGAAAUGUUCCCCGUCUGCAGACAGAACCAGUGACGGGAGCUGCUGAAACAGACAGUGAUUCUGUAAUUCAAUCUCCUGUCUGUUGCCAUCAUAAACAAAGAGAACAAAUGCUUGCAGUGUGUGUCUGUGUGUGCUAGCAUGCAUGUGUGUAAUACAAGGAACUUUAGUAUAUAGCCUGAUGCACCUUUUGCAGGGGACGUAAUUGUAAUGGUGACCUAAGUACUCUCCUUUCACCCAGUGAAAUGGGUGACCUCAGAAAAAUAAUAGCAGCAGCUGUAGUAAUAAAAUAUGAUAAUAAUAGGAUAUUGCAACUGGGAAGAACAGGCAUUUCCAGUUGCUUAGGCUAUGAGGGGAAUUCAUUUGUUACUCGGUGUAUAUCAUUCUCCCUACAAUAUUUCUUCCCUCACCACAACACUGUGAGGUAGAUUAGGCUAAGAGUGAGACUGGUCCAAGAUCACCCAUUGAUAAUACAGUGGUACCUCGGGAUGCGAACAGGAUCCAUUCCUGAGCCCCGUUCACAUCCCAAACAGAACAUAAGACACGAUAGCACGUCUGUGUGUGCUUGGGUCACAUUUCACCACUUCCGCGCAUGCGCAUGACAUCAUUUUGACUGCACAUGUGCAAGCAGUGAAACCCGGAAGUAAAGCACUCUGUUACUUCUGGGUCGCUGCGGAGCGCAACCCGAAGCGCUCAACCUGAAGCGUAUUUAUCCCGAGGUAUGUCUGUAUACAUCACACAUAUUUAAUGCUGAAAUGUGCUGUAUAACAUUCAACACUCUAAUACGGUAGAUCAAUGUUAUUGUCCCUUUAUUACAAAUGGAGAGUGAGUGAAUAGUGGCUUGCUUAAGGCCACUUUGUGAGUUCAUGACUGAGGUAAAAAUUGGUAAAAUUUGAACCACCAUCUUACCCACUACUACUAAUUUUGACCCAUUUCUCCAAGAAACUCAGAAGCGACAUACAACACUAGAAUUUUGCACAACUUCAGCUACACUGAGGCAGCCCAGUUGCUAGGGAAGCGAAAGUGCCUACAUACUGUACACAUAGGUACAAUGCCUACAUACCGUAUACUGUAAACAUGAGUACAAUGCGCAACAUUCCCGGAACAUCCUAGACUGCCACAACAAAGAGCAGCCUAUUGGGAAAUGAAAUGCUCAAGAUUUCAAUGGUGAUGCAUCACUGUGGAAUUAUUAGGAGAGAACAGAAUUGUUGUGAAGGCUGUGGCCCUUGUGCCUGCUCAAUCUGCUGUCCAAGUGAUGGACAAUGUCAGGGCCUCUACUCUCCCUUCUUGGGGUUCUUUACCUUUCAGCUGGACUUAAGCCAGGCAGCCUUUCAAACACAUUGUCAUUCUAAUAGUAGCUCUGGGGAAGGGAGUUGUAUGUGACUGAUUCCUAAAAUUCCACCUUGACCACUGAGAACUUCACAGAGAUGGGGCACUUCUCUGGAUUGCCCACAUCCCUGAAGUUCAUUUGGCCUUCACCAAGGACCAAGCCUAUCUUGUGGCAGACCCUGCCCUGUGGCCCUCCCCACUAAUAAAGGUUCAGCAGGAAUCAUGCCUCCCUUUUUUGAGACGUCUUUUGAAAAUUGUAUUGUUUGUUCAGGCCUUUACAAUAGGAAGUUUCUUUUCUGACUCAUCAGUAUUUAUUGAUAUUUUUGUUGAUGUUUUUAUACUGUUAUUAUGGAUACUUUUGUUGAUUUGAUUCUCCUAUGUUGCACACUCUCUUGAUAUUUUUAUGAAAGUGUGGAUUAUAAAUCAUCAAAUAAAUAAGGGGGGUGGAAAUAUUAGGUUCCCUGUCCCCACCCCCUUCUCCCUGCCAUGCAUCAUGUCUCCAUUCAAAACAGGGGAGACCUGCAAGUGUUUUUAGGGAAAAAAGAGCAAGAUUAUUUUGGGAGCUCCAUGUCUAGCUGGAAUGAGUAGAGGGCUUGAGGAGAGAAGCUCAAGUAGGGUAAGCAGAGGAUGCAAGGAAGAUUCAGCUUCUCCCACCCUACCCAGCCACCUCUCUUGCUCAUUAAAUUGUAUUUCUUAACUCCUGCUUUCUUUGUGAGUGGAGCAGAUGUAGGAGUUGUGUUAAAAAAAACCAAUGACAUGUUAAAGCAAAUUAAAAUUCUGUGCUAGAUUGUUGCCAUUAUUUGUUUAUUUUUUAUUGGUCUUUCAAUAAUAUACAUAUUGUAUAAAGUCACAAAAUAGAAAUUGAAUAUAAAAAGAAAUACUAAAACAACACACAUACACUCCACUCCAAUAGGUAGGCAAGUCAUCGUUUUUAUUCUUAGGUACAGUUAAUGUUGCAUUCAUUUUGUGUUGUUCCUGCAGAGUGCAAUGUCAGAAUAAUGUCACUAUUUUCAGUGGCCAGAAGAGAUUGAGAUAUCCAAGGACAAAGUUCAGAGCAGAAAUAUAAAUGUAACAUCCUAAUUUGUGCUGAUGCAUUAGGUGUUUACGUGUUUCAUAAACCUGAUGUGUUGCGGCCAUUAUUUAUAACAAAAACUGUCUGUCUGCAAUAUCAAGCCAUUCCAAAUUCCCUUAGGCAGGCUGUUCACUCAUCACUCCGCCGUGGUGCCCUGGUCAGCUGCAGUGAGGUGGAUCAGUCAAAGCACUCAGGGUUGUAUGUUUGUUUCCAAACAAGGAAGAGUAGCAGGGAUAUGGUCACGAAACAAACACAGAAGGAGAUUUUGGCCUUGAGAAUGAGCCAACACAUUUCAGAAGUUACCCUGGGGAGGUUUGGAGAGGGGUGGGAGUGUUUUUGUUCUAGCCAGCCCAUUUGUUCAUUCCUUCCUUUGGGAAAAUGCUGUACAUUUAAUUUAAACUAACAGCUGCAUACACACACCCUAGCAUAGAAAGAGUUUGAAAAGGAAUAUAUUGUUGCACAACAUCCCAAUCUCUGAGCAGUGUAAGAUUCCAGGGCUUCAAAUCAUUUACCCACAGUUUGGUUUCCUUGGAAUGAGGGGCAGGGAAUUUUGUGGUGUCUGUUUGCCAUAUGGUUUAUUUACACAUAUACACAGACUGAGGCUAUGAUGAAAGGGCUCAUAGCAUUAACACCCCAGAAGGACUUGCUUCUCCCAUAGCCACAACCCUUGACAUGACUAUCACUCUCAGGCAUCUACUUGCUUGUAGCCCAGUCCACUCUUCCCACUCUGGCCUUUGACCUUCUCACUAUCAGCCACUACCAGCCAAUUUGCCCUCAUGCGCAGAGCAGGUUCCUUCCUUAUACUAAAGACCUAGGGCCAUUACCAAGAAGCUAGCCUGGCUAUUCCAACAACUGAAUCCUCCAUGAGAUUUUAACCCUUGCUGGAUCCAGGAAUUAGAAGGGACUCGGGCAUCCAGCCUAAUUUUGCAUGCGUGCACACACCAAAAAACCCCACACAGUUCUAGGCAAAAUCUCCAAGCGCUCCAAAGCAUUGACUUCUCUUUUGUCACUAGUUCUGCAAGACAGGCUGUGUCAUGAUCCUGUGAUCACACCUUUAUGGUGCCAGAGCAAGGCUUUCAAUUCUUAGUGAAACCUCAGAGAUCAAAGGGAGAGCUGAGCAGGACUUCAGUGCCUCCAGCUUCUCAGGAUUUGCAGGAGGACAAUAAGACUGUAACUCUGUACCCAGCUACCUGGGAACAAAUCCCAUGGAAGCCAGUGGGACUUAACUUCAGAGGAGACAUCUAGAAGAUUGCACUGUAAAAGAUGAAAAAUAAGCAUACAUAUGCACAUUUGUUUAAUUUAUGAAGGGAAACAAUUCUAAUUUCCUUAGCUCAGCCUUUUUAAAAACAACCACCACCCAGCUGAGAAUUUGUCUUUGACUUCAUCCAACUAUUCAUACCUUUGGGAGAACAAGUGAGCUUUUGCAGGUAUGCCUUAAGAGCAGUCCUUAGUAGUAGAUCAUAUACACAAAGGCUACUAGUGCUCUGUUGUUGUAGCUGUCCAUGAUUAAAUACUCAUCUAGGGGAUGGCGAAUUCAUUUGCUAGUUGGACGAAUCCAAAAUGCUAUGAGCAAUAUCUGGUGGUUAAUCACGCUCAAAGUAGACCCAUUGACUUGGGUAACUUAACUCCAUUGAUUGAAACUCCCUGCCUAUUGAAAUCAGUAGGUGCCAUUGCAGUAUUCAUUUCAGUGCCUGCUUUAAAACAUUUUUUGUUUUCCAGGCAUGAAAAUGUUGACAUGUUUUAAUCAAUUUUUAGUUCACUACUUAUUUUAAUUGUUUUUUUAAAGUUUUUAAUUCAUUGUUCUUAACUUCUUUAUUGAUAAUUUUAAUAUUUCUUGUAAUCCACUUAAAGGUUUUGUUACAAUCCAACAGUACAUAUUUUUUGUUAAAUAAAUAAAUAACACAGUUUACUGGUUGUUGUUUUUUAGGCUUUCGAGGGGAUGGCAAUGGAAACAACAAACUAGGAAAUGAGCUUCAUGGUAUGUCAUUUUCUCUAAACCCUUUGAGUUUCCAUGUGAGAAAUGCAGUCCAGAUCAGUGUAUUCUAAUACCCAUUAAAGGCAGUCAUACCAUGUUGAGAGAGGCUGGGGUGGGUCUCUUGGAGGUUUAAUCAUUAGCUCCGUAUAUUUUGCUGCCUGAAAUAUAAGGUCCAAAUGCUGUCACCACUCACAGAGGCUGCUCAGAUAUUGUAAACAACUGGCAAUCUGCUGCCAUUUAAUGGCAUUGCAAAAUCUCACUCAACCUAAUAGUAGAGCCGGUCCUGAUGCCCAUAGCCACAUGGUGGCAUUUGGAGAGCUAGCAAUUUCUGUGCUGAAGGCAGUCUGGGGAAAAGAGCUUCCCAACUCCCGAAUUACAGAAACGGCCAAGUACAGAUAUUAGCAACCUGAAUUAAGAAACACAAAUAUUAGGCCUUGUGCAUAACUCUUCAGUAUUUUCCAAACUUUGUUCUCCAGCUGUUUUUGGACUACAACUCCCAUCCUCCCUAGCUAGCAAGACCAGUAGUCAGGGAUGAUGGGAAAUGAAGUUGAAAAGCAGCUGGAGACCAAGUUUGGGAAACAUUGUGAGAUAAUUCCAUUUUGCUCAUCUCAAACCACAGUACAAGAGGCAGAGUCAUUCUGCUCCUCAUUCUAUAAAAGCUGCCCCAGAGCAGGAGUCCUAGCAAAGGAACUACCAAGAAUCUGGGCAUGAAAUUUUCAGAUCAGAGGGAAAUAGGCUCUUUAGCUUUACAACCGGAUCUAACAAUACUUUACAGCGGCUUCCACCAACUCAUAGGUAUUCACUGAAGAUCUCCAGUUGUAUUGCCAGAAAUCUUCAUGCACCAAGCAUGGAGGUGUCAACAAAUCAAUUUCAGGCAGUGUAGCGAGAUUACUGUACUUAUGAAGUCUGACACCGUGAAGCAGCCGGUGCUCCUACAGUAUUUCUGAAUGCUAUGAUGCAACUGCAGAUUGAGCCAUAUUAAAACAAACACAUGGGCCGUCAUCACACACAUUGCAGUGAUAUCUCAUCAUCUUUCAUGGGUCUGAGCCAUGCCAGCCAUAAGAUACGUGGUACCCAGAAUGGCAAACACAUUGCUGAAAUGCUCCAGCUUCUCUCUGGGGACUGCCAAUAUACUGAUCUUUGAAAGAAAAGGGAUGCAACUCAGUGUGUCCAUUGAUGUAGACUUGUCUAUCUUCCAUGCUUGGGGGGGGGGGGAGGGGGCUAGUAUUUUAGAUCAAAAUUAUAUAAAACCAUGGACCUGUUAAAAUAUGAGUGUGUGUGUGUUCUGUGAAUGCACAGAGUGGGGAUUGAAUCCAUUAUCCUUGCUGCCAAGUUGCAUUCAUCAAAAGUCGGAGCAGAGUCUACAUAUAUACAACUACACAAAUCAUAGGAUUAUAGAGUUGGGCGGUACAUCAAGGGUCAUCUAGUCCAACCCCUUGCAAUGCAGGAAUCUCAGCUAAAGCAUCCAUGACAGAUGGCAAAAGCUACUUUUCACAGUUAUCUUACUUGUACCAUGUUCAUGUGUUGGCUCUAUUCAGACCAUGGGUUGGACAUAAGGAGGUGAUGUUCAAUUUCAGUUGGAGAAGAACAGGCAACUGGUGUUUGGGAGGGGAAAUGGAAUGACCUAUCCUGGAGGAGGGUAUGGUUGGCUGGCUGGGACUUUAAACAGGAACACCCUGCUAAUAAUGAUACUCUUCAAUCUUUUGCCACUAGUCCAACUUGCAUUUUCCCUGCUUUUGCAUGGACUUAUCACUUUGCCCCUGUUGCAUAGGUUGUUUUCUUGUCACUAAAGCUUUCCUUCCAUCACCAGGCCAUGCAGCUCAGAUGCAGCAAGUCAUUACUUCCUGCUCUGCCCAAGGUAUGUGAUAAACCAAUGAACUGUCUGAUAGUGCCCUUUGCUACAAGUUACUGGGAAUAAGCUUUUACCUUAGAAUAUCAUAAAAUAGUAGAGCAUUUGGAGAUGUUUGAACGGAGCAAAAAAUGGCAUACUAUUUUGGAAAAUCACCAUGACCAGAUGUUACAAAAUUACAGAGGUUGAAAGAAGGAAAAAACCCCAGUAAAAUUAAUCUCUGAAAGCAGGAUUAAGAUGAGGGAAGGCCUACUUAAAAAAAAAAAUCCUGCAUGCCUGAUCAAUCUAAAUAUGCCUGAGGGAGGCAAAAUAUAGUUGCUAAAGGAGUAUGUAAUGCAAUCUCAAAAGCAUUUUAAACUACUUUUUUCCUGAUGAUUUCUCAUUAUAACAAUAAAUACUUAAAGAUCCAAAAUUAUAGAACUUCUAUUCAUUUUUUAAAAAGUUUGCAUUAUAAAAUGAAGAAAAAACAGACAUAUUUCAAUAAUCUAGCAUUCUGUCUUCAUAAGUAGUCUGUCAGAUGCCCCUAGGAUAGGGCUGCCAUAUGUCUGGAUUUUCCUGGCCAUUACCAGGAUUUCAAAAGCGGAAUUGAUGUCAGAAGGGCAGUGUUUUGUCCUGGAUCUUAGGCAAGUAAAAAAAUCAUGUUUUUUGGUGUUUUUGUAAAACAAAACAAAAAACAACAACUCAACUUUCAGGGUGUCCUGGUUUUUGCUUUGUGACAACCCUACCCUUGGAAGAAGAACAUUAUACAGAUAGUUUUCUAAUCCUCCAAAAGAGAAUGGCCAUCAUGAAGUGAUAUAUCACAUUCUUUGCAUGCAAUGUUCACAGGUUCAAUUCCUGCAAUCCCCAGUAGGUCCCUCAGAAAACUCCUAUAGCUAUGCCCACCAAAGCAGCCAUUUUAUGAAUGGGCUGCUUUCCAUGGCAGCCAUUUUGUGAGUGUCCACUGCUUUUUCUCAAAAUUCCCUUGCACUAGAUAGACCAGUGAUUUGACUUGUCAUUAGGCAGCUUCCUAUGAUCUUCUUAGAGGCUACCCCCAUCCCACGACUUUUUGCUGCAAAUCUGCUCCUCAAAAAAAAAAAAAUAUUGCAAGCCCAAUUGUAAGCCAUACCUUGUGGAGAAAGAGUAGAAAAGAUUCUACUAAACUAAAAGAGAACUGGAAGAAGUAAGAAUGAAGGACUGACAGGGCAAUUACUUGACUUCAUUGUCUGCAAAGAAACUACAGAACAUCUGUUAAGUGCCCAGAGGCUCACAGUCAAAUUUCUCUGUUUGAUGAGGAAAUAUCAAACACAAAGGGGUAUACAACUGUCAAAAUAUGUCUUGAUUGAAGAAAGUCCCUCAUGGUUCCCUUCUAAAAGAGGCUGAGAAAUGAGAAUUGGCUUGAGGUAGUUAUACAUCUGAACUUUUGAAUAGCUUAUACUGAAAGCAAGCAUAAAGGAAGCAUAUUUAUGUGGGUAGCCAGCUCAUAAACUUUCUAAACAGAGUGUUGCCCCCUCUGCAGAGGAAGCUGUGUGGAUUCAAAGCACUGGAGGAAGGACUUUGAAUCCACACAGCUUCCUCCAGCUGCCUUGUCUGCACCAGACAGCUCCUGACAGCAAACUCUCUAGUGUACCAAUCCUCCCACUUGCAAAGGAACAAUUCCUUUCAGUUCCUGAUUGUUCUGGAUUGUGACUUGGAUUGUCCUGGUUGUGACUUGGAAAAAAUGGCCUUUUCUGCCAUUUUGUUUUGUAUGGGAAUGUAACCAGUGUUGCACAAACGGACACCUGCUUGUUUAAGAGGGCUUUCCGGCUGUCCUUCUCCCCACUGCAACCCCUUUGCCCCUUGAAGGCCUGGAAUGUGGCACAGGGAGUGGUAGCGGGAGGAGAGAAUUACCCAAAACUACUUUCAUUCCCACUAUCACUCCAGCUCUUAGCAUUUUGGGGUUUCAGUAGGAAGGAGGAAUGCAGGAUUAUCCUAACACUUUCAUCCUUGGGCUCUCACUGCCUUGGAUGCAAGGCAUGAUGCUUACAUGCUGAAUUACGUUUCCCGGUACUGACCAGCUUCAAAAAUUCUUGCUUGUUUCAGGAACCCAUGUGACAGUAGAAGUACAUGCUAGAAAUUCUACCCCACAGUUGUUCAAAAAACUCUCCUUUGGGAAAGGUAUGCCGCUUUUAAAAAUCAAUAUUUUGUUUUGGAACAAUUCUUACACAUUUAAUUUUUUUUGUUCCCUUGUUCUCGCAACAAUAAAAAUAAAUUGACUGGUUCCUUGAUAAAGGCAAAAUAUCUCAUAUUAAAUUAUAUGCAGGAGCUCAUGUUGCGCUGUAGUAAAGAAACUGAGCUAUGAAAGAGGGAAUCCUCAAAUCUUCUGCAGACUCUCUAGGUAGCCUUAGAAAAGACAUUUUCUCUUAUCCACAAUUCCUCCACUGUGAUAUGUGGGAUAUUAAUAGUGGCCUACCUUCGCAGAUGGUCUGAUGGUCACAACACCAGACCCCACAAAUACAGCAAUCACACUAACCAAGGAACUCAACACAUUCGCAGUGGUGUUGGGCUUACAAGUAAACUUUGCCAAGUCCGAGGCUAUGUGUUUCAACACCCCACCUCAUAUACAAAAAGAAUUUUCCAACAUCACAAAGAUAAAAAUCUGCCGUACCAAAUUCAGAUACUUAGAGGUACAAAUAACCAGAAACCUCAACAAACUAUACCUCCACAACUACAAAGCCCUGUGGCGACAAAUUAACAAUGACCUGAGGAGAUGGAACCAUAUUAUCUUCACUCUGUCAGAUAAAAUAGCCAUGAUCAAAAUGAUCACCCUUCCAAAAUUGACCUACCUAUUCCAUACCCUUCCAAUCUGGAUUCCACCAACCCAACUCCGCUAAUGGCAGAAAAGGAUACACUUGUUUAUUUUCUCAUACAAAAAGCUACAGUCACUUUUGCACUUUGAUUAUUGGAGAAUUGUUCCAUCUUUGUAGGGCCAAUUUCCCAACCUUUCCUCAUACUAUAUUUAGUAAGAGAGAGGGGGAAAGAGAGUGAGAAGUAAAUAAGUAAAAUCUUCCACAUAUGAGACUCUACUCAAGCCCUUUAAAAUGAAGGUUAGGGCAUAUUAGUGAGCUGAUAUCCCAGAGAUGAUGGGAACACAAAUAGUUGAGAGUGCAACAUGUGUCCUCAACCCAUGGCCAAAGAAACACUUUCAGCAUGCUUUUCACAUGCUCAUAUGUUCAUGGCUGCCACACCACACUGAGACUAGCAAAAUGCCAUGGGGGGUUUUAGUGUGAUGACCUCUUGAACAAAUCUGUGUCAAUUAAUUAAGUGCUUGUUCUGUAGGCCUACUCUCCUUUCUCACUUCUCUUUCGUCUUUCUACUUCAAUUCAUUUUACAUCCGUUCACCUAUCUCACAUGCUUUUCACAAUUUCAUAGGUUUUCCAGAGAACAGAAAACGCAGACCCCGUCCACCGGGUUUGAAAGACCAGCAUGGUAACUAUAGAGUUGUAUUAUACCAUCGCUCCUACUCCUACAGUACAGAUUUCACAGAGGAAACAACAAUAUACAAAAUGGGAAGCAUCCUUUUAAGAAAAAAAAAUGCACACACAAAACAAAUGGAGUUCAGAACCAAGUUUGCAUUCAGCACCCAAGGCUGCCCAUGUGGUGCUCCUUGCCACAUGUUCGCCAUUGGACAGUUUUUCUGUGCUGCCAGCUCUGUUAUCUUUGAAGCGGUUUGGGAACUGACCUGACAGCACUUUCCAUCUGUUUAGAUGGCAAUCCUCAUGAGGAGCAGCAGAAGCAGCAUUGUUGCCGCCCACAUUUAAAUCACAUGGCUUUCCCCAAAGGACCCUGGGAACUGUAGUUUAUCUUUCCCAGAGCUACAGCUCCCAUAAACCUUAACAAACCACAGGAUUCUUUGGGGGAAGUAAUGUGCUUUAAAAGAUUUCUGUAUGCAGCAUGGAUCAAGGGGUGAGUCCUCUCUGAUGACUCAAAGCAAGGAUGCUGGUGCCGAUGAGUUCCAGGAGGCUAAACUUACUAAGCUUUUGAAAAUGCCAUCAAUGCAUUGGCAAUUUGGCUGAGAAGGAAAUCCUGCUCUCAGAUUACACCUCCGCAUUUCUUAGUUACAAAUACAGCUGAUUAUUAGGGAGUGAACAUAUAAAGCACAGCAGCCAUGGUGGAGAUCAGCAUCUGGCAUCCUAGGCCACUGCCCCAGUGUUCCAGCGGGGUCCACCAGCACCUACGGCUUUGUUGGACCCUCCACCUUGAGCAUCUGGGCCUGUGAGCCUCCAUUGUAAUGUCCCACAGCACCCUGAAGUGAACACUCCGUUGCACGCCACCCCAGUCCCCAAGUGGUCUGAGUCCAGGUGCUUUGGAAUGAGGCACAGCAGAGACUGUGGUGUCUUUAUGAUACGUGGUUUAUAUACACAUAUAUAAGCAACCUGAGCCUAUGAUAGGGAGGCUUCACAGCAUUAACACCCCAAGAGGGCCUUGCUUCACCUUUAGCCACAGCCUUUGAUUCCUCCAGAAACCAAACAUCUUUCUCUGCUUUGCCUCUAGUGUAAGGUUGCUAGAUUUUUUUUCAAUGAAUCCGGGGACACUUUUCAACUUCAACUGAUUUUGUAUGGGGACUGAUUUGUAAAUCCAGGGACUGCCCCCGGGAAAGGGGGACGUCUGGUAACCUUACUCUAGUGUUUAGCUCACAUCACCCAACACUCGGCUUUCAACUCUGCCUUUGGCCUUCUAACUACCCACCCAUUUGCUGUCUCACACAAAGCCCUUUCCUUUGUUCUGUUUCAUGGCCCAUCACCCAAGCUGACACCUCACCAAGAAGCUAGCCUGGCUAUUCCAAGAAUUAGAAGGGGUUCAGGCAUUAAGCCUACUCCCCGCCCCCAAAACCCACGUAACAGCUACAUGAAGUGCUCUAGAGCAUUAUGGUGAAAUAAAAUGGCUGCGCCUGGCCCCUCUGGAGUGUUGUUUCUGUCAUCACCGCCACCACUGCCAAGUACAGCUUAGGGAGCCCACCACUGUAAGAGGGGCCCACAAGAUGGUACUUUGGCCAGAAACCCCUCCAGCCUGGAGCCAGUCCUUAUGGAGAUGCAACCUCAUUUUGUUGAUGGCAAGGUGUGUUCAUCACCAUAACCUGACCAUGCACAGCCGUUUUUGGAAGUUUGAUGGGCAAGUAUUUUAGCUGAGCAUGCUGCUUUUAAGAUAGGCCUCCAAUUAAACAUUCGAAAUUGGUAUAGUCAGUGCCUGCCAAUGUUAUUUGUGCUUAAAUAUUGCCUUGCUCCAGUUUGCACAGCAUAUCGGAGGCCUAGUACACAAUUCUGGCUGCUAAUGGUAACAGUGUGUGACUGCAAGAGUUAUUGUGAAUUCUGCAGCUGUAGGGAGCCUUUUCAGUUAUAGCCUGACAAAGACUAAAACUGAUCACCAAUUUGAAGAAACUACCCGCUCCCAAAUGGCAAAAAAGUAAUUUUCUGAGCUGUAUAGAGCAGGAACCUUUUAAGUGCGUAAAUCUGCUUUAGCUCUCUUUAGGUCAGUGUAAUAGCCCUCUUCAGCGAAAGGCCAGAUAAACAAACAAGCCUGUUAAAGAGACAGAUGCCUUGUGCUUGAGUGCUGGUUUGAGACAGACAGAUGGCUGUUCGGUACAUUAGGUGACAGCACACACCCUCUUGCCUGUGGUUGCUCCAUCACUAAUCACAGUCUGGAAAUGAGGUUGAACCAAGCCUGAGGAAUAGUGAGACACACAGGCUUCUGACACUGAGGUUUUCUUCAGCUGUGCCUGCCCAUUCCCCAAAGGUCAGACACAGCAGAAAAGGUGUGUUAGGGAUGGAGAGAGAGCAAGAGAGUCGUGUGCUACUUGGCUUUAAAAUCAGGAGAGGUGUGAUGCAGUUAGACUACUCCUGGACAUUGUUCCUGGGCCCGUGAAGCUGCCAAUUUGCAGUAGAGACUAUUUAGCACCCAAGUGCAUCAGCUGAUGUAUAGCUGAUUCACACAACACAGCAUAGAUGGCUUGUGUUGGCUGUGCAUCUAUGAACAGUCAACAUAAUGGCUCUAUACAAAUCUGAUCCUCUGCAGAUCUGUCAGAACAUUUGGGCCCCACCAGAUGCCUCUGGGAAGCUCAGAAGCAGGGAAUUGAGGCAAUCAGCCUGUCCUACUGUGGCCUGUCAUUAAGUGGCAUUCUGCAUAUUUACCAAGAGGCAGUGGUGGCUGAUGGGCCAGAAAGCAGGGAGGACAAGAACCAGAGCCCAUUACAGGUGGAGCCAGAACCAACGAGAGGCAGAGGCAGCUAUUUCUAGUUUUGUCUCCAUCCUCCACCUUGCUGAGUCCCAGGAGAGCAACACCUAGACGAAGGAGGAGGAAACUGACAGGCAGUUCCACCCCCUGGACUGGCUGUAAAUAAGGCAGUUAGGUGGAGCAGGCUGAGGGCAGACUGGGGUUUGUGCAGCAGUGCCCAAUUUUGCCUAAUAGAGCAGCUGCCCCUGCCUAGAAGUUCCAUAGAGCCAUGAUGGCCAACAGCCAUUGGCAGACCUAUCCUGUAUCAAUUUGUGUAAUCCCCUUUUAAACUGACCUAAGCUAGUAGCCAUCAUGAACACAAUCCUAUGCAUGUCUACUCAGAUAGAAUACCUAUUCAAAUUGAUUUAGUCCCAGGACAUAGUGCAUAGGAUUUCGGGCAUAGGCUAUUUACAUGAAGCAAUAGCCUGUGUAGGUAGGGAUGCACAUGGUUGCAUAGGGAAAAUGUUUUUACAAAGCUGAUCAGAUCUGAUUCCAUCUUCCAUUAAUAAUCUGUGUUCUGCAUGUGUUGCAGCUGAUGCAAAUCUCCACUGCUUAUCCUUUUGGUCCCUGCUUAGUCAGGAAACCUUUUGCCUCCCCUUUGUGCCAUAAUGUUUAUAAAUUGGGAAGAGGUGUGCAAAGCCAAUGCACUACAGGCAACUCCCCAUUUACACGGGGGCUGUGUUCUGAGGCACUGUGUUUACAUGAAACUGUAUAUAUUGGGAACACCAUUGAAAAAACCUGCAAAACCCUCCAAACCUCCAGCUCUCCAGAGGUCUCAAUGGUUGGCACAAGGACUCCUGGGAUUAUGUGAUCGAACCCAGCCCUCCUGCAUGGUAUCAGUUGAUUGACAAGUGGAUGUGGUUUGGGAGACAUGGCCUCACAGGCCCAAUUGGACCCCCUGCUAGAGCACAAUUGGCACAUAGGCAGGAGUUUCCUCAUUCCUAGUUCAUGUAUAAACUUACCUGCUCAGUGCUCCAUGCAUCUGAUGAAACAGGCUCUGGGCAAAGAAAGCUUAUGCCACUAUAUAUUUAUUAGCCUUUUCAGUUGCUAGUGGACUUUUAUUUAUUUUUACAUAAUAAAUGGAGGGAAACUUAAACUAUUGUAAACCUUGCAUGUGAAAACGACUUUAGUAUAGAUCUGGUUUAUGCUUGCUAGAGAGUUUGUCCAGCUGAAAUGUUUCUUCCUUUCCAGAAUAAUUAUUACCGAUGACAUGUGUUUUUUCUCCUAGCUUACCCAUGGGACAAGUCAUGCUUGAAAUCCAUACCUUUUAACCUAAAGGACUUCGAGAAAUUGGAUGCAUAUGCAACAAAGGUAAAAACAUAAAUGAAGGUCAUGACAUCAUGAAUUCAAACUCUGCUUCUCGUCAUUUCUAAAACUCCAGCACCAGAUAUAUACUGCAUAUAUUCUAGUAAUUACACAAUGGAAUCCUUGUGGAAUUUGGUUGUCUGAAUGAUCAGAUAUAUCAGUUCAAUAAUUAUUUUUUACAACACUGUGUGCAAAAAGCUACAUGGCUGCUGGUAAAUAUGCUGCGAAGCCAAUUGUGUGGUGAAUUAAAAACCAGUCAGCAGAGUGUUAAUUUAAAUGUUUUAAAUAACAAUAAUAACCACUUUGGGGGGUAAGAUUACAGGAACUGGCUUUUAACAUAAAUUCAUGAUCCUUGGAACUGGGUUAUGGACUGAGUUAUCUAUGCAGAAUACUCUACAAUCAUCAUCACAUUUUUGAGAAGUUAUAAUACAAUUUGCUGAAGUCUGAUGAUUGCAGAGUCUAUUGCUCAUAUCAACUCCUUCAGACAACCUCUUCCACUUGAAUAGUGGGCAAAACACAAACAGUCCUUUCAAUUUCAUUUGUGUGUUCCUGAGGUGUCUUUUAGAUUCUGCAUUAAGAAUACCCUUCCGCAAUCAUCUGAAUGGAACUCUUCCCUCCUUAUCCCAAGCUGCCUUAGACCAAGUACCGCCAGCUCUGAUUGGAAGUAGUUCUCCAUUUGAAAGAGACAUUUCAAAUUACUUGCUGCCUCACCCUUCCCCAGACUAGUGCUUUCCAGAAGCUGUGGACACCAUCAGCCCCAAGAGAGUGUGGCCAAUGAUGAGGGGUGAUGGGAAUUGCAGUCCAACAACAUCUGGAGGACCCUAGUCUGAAGAAGGCUGGUCCUUUGAACAGGAGAUGUGAGGCAUUGGACCUGCAAAGCAAGUGCUCUACUACUGAGUAAUGAUCCCUUUCCCUAGUAAUUCCUCAGAUGAUAUUUCCCUGAGGAAGCACUUCCAGAUGCUUUGCUUUAGGCAAAAUCUGAGGACAACCUUAAAAGCUGCUGAGAAACUCCACAAGCCUUAUCAAAAUGUUGUUUGGCUUCCCUCAGAUGUUUCACUUCAGGAGGAACUCCAAAAUUUGCUUCCAAUUUCACUUUGGACAAAAAUUUCACUGGCAACUCCAUAAACAACUUGCUAAAUAUUUCUCACAAAGACAGCAUCAGCCCAGGAUGAGGUGUCGGCUGAGUAUGUGGCUUCCAGAUCUUUUAGAACAGAUACAACACACUUUCAUUGGCUGGCAAAGGAAAUUGUACAGUAACAGAAUCUCAUAUUGGCCUGAGGGUUGAGCAGGUCUGGCUGACAACCAUCAUACCAUGUGAAAGGAAACAGUUUAAAUAGAAUCUAGUUAUAGAAUAGUGUCUAAACGUAUCUGAAGGGCAUACGCGGGAUAGGAGAGAGUAACUCUACCCAAUAAUAUAUUUGAAGCUUGUAAAAGACUUGCUUCUUAAAACACAGCAAGCUGCCAAGAACAGCAUGAUGAAGCUGAGGAAAACCCUGUUCUGAGUGCCUUAUGCCAGCCUGCUGACUAAUAGAUAGGGCUUCUAAACAAACAAACAAACAAACAGAAAAUGGCUCCUAAAACCAUCCUGAGCCAAACUGUAACCCAGGUGUAGAGAACCUUUGGCCACCCAGACAUUGCUGAACUACAACUCUGUUUGUUGAAUAUGCCAUAUGACCAGAGCUGUAGUUCUGCUGAGAGCCAGUGUGGUGUAGUGGUUAAGAGCGGUAGACUGGUAAUCUGGGGAACCAGGUUCACAUCUCCGCUCCUCCACAUGCAGCUGCUGGGUAACCUUGGGCUAGUCACACUUCUUUGAUGUCUCUCAGCCCCACUCACUUCACAGAGUGUUUGUUGUGGGGGAGAAAGGGAAAGAAGAAUGGUAGCCGCUUUGAAACUCCUUCGGGUAGUGAUAAAGCGGGAUAUCAAAUCCAAACUCCUCCUCCUCUUCUUCUUCUUCUUCUUCUUCUUCUUCUUCUUCUUAUUCUGCAACCUCCAAAGGGUCACAGGUUCCCCACACCUGUAAGCUAAUGUGCUUUCUGUGAAACAUAGCAGAGAUUUUGUUGAUGAAGUCAAUGGUUCUGCCAAGUAGUGGACCCUAAGAGAGAUCCUCUAAAUUUUGUAGGAAGGCAGAAAAGGUAACCAACCUUCACAGUUGGUUUGAAAUCACCAGUUAUCCACUUUCUUUGUAUAAUACAGGUGACCGCCAAGAGUACUGUGGAGGAGCUAGUGAAAACCUUGCUUCGCGUAGCACGUACCGACCUGGAAAAGGUUAGGGCCAUUUGGACAUGGAUAUGCCAUCAUAUAGGUAAGCAGAGGAUUCCGUCAUUUCCUGGAACCUGUGGAUAAUGCUGAACAGUUGUUUGCCUUUCACUGUGGUUCUAGAACCCAGUUUAUACAUUGUGUUGGUAAUAGAGGGAGGGAGAAUGUCAAGAAAAUGCAUCAGGCCUGGAAAAUCCGAAUUUUAAGAAACUUUGAAAUGUUUCUGUUGAAAUGUUGAAAUGCUCUGUGUCAAUAAUCUUCUCACUCAUAUACCUUUCAGAGAACUGUCCCUUCCCAGAAAACACAUAUGUAAAAUAUUGUCUUCCCUUGAGCCAUUCUUUCCCAAUUCAAGUUUGGCGCAGCUGUGAAAAUUGUGUUGUGACACCACAGAAGGCUCUUAGUAGACAGUUGAGUCAUACUAGAUUGGGUUUGUAUUGGUGCCUACAGCUUUUCUCCUGCAAGGAGGAAAAAGUAACAAUUUGGAGUGGGAACUGGCCAAAGGAGAAAGGGUUGAACAGUUCUUCUCCCUUAGGAUGCAAUUCUAUGGUCUCUGAGCAGAGAGGAAGGUCCUUCCUUGAAAACCCCCUCCCAGGCAGUGCAGGAAGAAUUGUCACUGGGGCUUUCCAGCUGAGGUCCAGUGAGAGAAAGCACUGGAAAGGGGUGCACCAGUGGUGGCUCACUGUGGGAUUUGAAGCUGCUAGAUCCAAAACCCUCCCAUUCUCCAACCAACACCCCACCAACACAGGGAGGGAAAGUACAUCAACCCAUGGACUGGUGUGCUAGAAAAAAGCAAAAAGCCUUCACUUUCUGUCCUACUGGUGAGAGCCCAGCAGGAAUUUAGAUCUGGUGGUGCAUCUGUCCCUGGGGCAAAGCAGACUUCAGGCUAUCAGACCUACUUUGAUUCCCACCCCUGUUAGAAUCUCAGUAUCUACCAACCAGAGCCAGACACAAAAGACAUCCCCGUUACAAUUAAAGAACAGGGUGACUCUGAGCACAUUGAACUUAGUGCUAGGAGUUUGUUUUCAGCAGCAGAAGUUAACUGAAUUCACAGUCCUUUUACGCAGUAAUGCAUUUCUCCUGGUUAAGUUUCUUCAUUUCAGCAGUCUAAUUUGGAUGGGGAAAGUUGUUUUGUUCUUGUUCUUUAACAACAGAGUGUAAGUAUCCAUUGCACAUUACCAAGGGCUUCCACUGAGGUGAAUCCCACCUUAAGUAAACAUCUGUUGUACCUGUUUGUAUGUGAAUACUUCCUGGUUACUUAACACAGGUCUGAAUGACCCUUCUUUCACUUUGUCUAUUUGUUUACUUUACACCUGUGUUUAAACUUUCAACCUUUGCUCCCCAGAAUAUGAUAUUGUGGGCUUCUUUAACAAAGACCAGCAGUCUUUCAAGCCCAAGGAUGUUCUCCAGAGCGGAAAGAGCAUUUGUGAGGGAUACGCUGGGCUCUUUGAACAAAUGUGCAGGUACAUGAAGAUCAGAAAUGUUCCCUUGCUCUGUUACCUAUGCACCAGUUCUAUCUCUCUUUAUACCAACUAGGAUUUGAAGCACCGUUUUGAAGCUGUAUUGUUGAACAGCAGCAAGUCCUAGAAAGGUCAAUUUUGCUUUCCGCCCCCCCUCCAUAAUUUACUUUGUACCAUCUGCUGAGGCUCGCAUUGCAUUAACAUAAUGGCAGAUGAGUACAUGGGGAUAAUUUAGUUAGAAGAGGCUCUCUGUUUUUUCCUGGAGCAUCUGAAGGUUAAAAGAACAUUAGGACUGAAGAAUAUAGACUACCCCAUGCAGUUCCUCACAUGCAAGAAAUGGUGAGUGUUGUGUCCCAUACUGAACUUGGCCACAUCCUCUGCAAACUGCCCCAUACAUCUAGUGCAGGAGCACCCUGGUGCAAAAACCUUUUCAGUCCAGGGGCCACAUUCCUUUCUGGGGGACUUCCCAGGGGCCACAAGUCAGUGGUGAGUGAGAGGGCAGAGCAACAAAUAAGACUCUGGGCAGGAUUCAUCUAAGUUGUGUGUGUGGCACUCAUGCAACAGGACAUUUCCUCCCUCUCAAGGGGACAGCAAAGCUGGUGAGGGGCAUGGCCUGAGAAGAUUCCUAAGGGCCAGUUAGAGAGACUUGGAGGGCCACAUUUGGCCUUCAGCUUGAAGUUCCCCACCCUGAGUUAGAGGGAUAGGAUUUGGUUGUGCAAGCACUGUGAUUAAUUUCCAACUGGCUGCUCACAAAAUAAUGGCUACAAGACAUACAAGUUGAUUCCUUCACAAGAACUUUCCUGCCAGCUUCGUUUUAUGAAUUAAGGCUGGUGAGAAUGCUUUUUUUUAAAAAAAGGAUGUUGUUAGAACUUCCUUGAAGACUUGGAUUCCCAUGCCACCCACUCUGUUACAUCCAGACCUUAAUCGAAUUGAGAAUAAAUCAAGGUUUUCUUCCAACACAUCCUCUACCCAUUGAGAAAAAACAGGUGCUUAUGGAAGGAAUUAUGUGUAUUUUUAAUUGCAGCUUUGAGAGCUCUUCCAAGCCAAGCCCCUGGUGUCCAUAAAAAGUAAACACCAACAUGAUGAAAUGUUGUAUUACCAGAUAUCAUUUAACAAUAAUAAUUAUCAACUCAUCCAAAUGUUCCCUUGUCAGGAUCUAGCCCUGCUGGAAGCUAAUUAAGCAAUUGUGGGAUAUUGAAGCACUCACCGAAAUGUUCAUCCCAUUGUAAGAAGAAUGCGUAUGGAAAACAGCAUUUACAUGCCCACUUGAAUGCAGACACUGUGCAUCUUCACUGCAUGUCUUCCAAUCUGCUGUGGAUUCCAAUCUUUAUCCAUUCUGCAACAGCUAAUCAUGGGCAACUACACAUGGGUCAGGCUAGGUUUGCCACAUCAUGUUUUGAUGAACACAAAGUCUGCCAGAGCAGCGUGACAAGCAUUGUGGCUGCUUUGGCAAUGGAGAUGCAUCCCAUGUCUCUCCAUUCUGCCCCACUGAAUGGGCUGGGGCCAGUGGAAGACUUUUCUUAGCCCUCAGUGAUGUUACAUUGACUACUUGCUGCAGACAUCAUUGCAUUCAUUAUGGCUGAGAUCACACAAUGAAAUCCUAAAAUGGGAACAUAAAUAGCCCAUUGAGGGGUGCAAAACGGGUGCAGAAAUACCACAAAAAGCCAUUAAGUUAGGGAGUCUCUAUAGGGUAUUUUGCACCAUUCGCAAACCUGAAUAUUGCCUAGUGUGCCUCAAUAAAGCAUGUAGCCCCUUCCUGUUAGACUGAGGCAGCACUAAGUUCUGCCUUCAGGCAAAUUAUCCAACCUCAUUUGUUUUCCUUUCUUAAGACAUUGAAAUCAACAGAGAAUCCUGCCAUCCUUUGUUGUUGUUUUUCCAUAGCAAACACUGUUGAAGAGAAAACUGAAUCCAAAUUCCCUUCUCUACCCCAAACCAUUGCUCUGUCAAGUGUUGUUGUUGUUUAGUCGUUUAGUCGUGUCCGACUCUUCAUGACCCCAUGGACCAGAGCACGCCAGGCACUCCUGUCUUCCACUGCCUCCCGCAGUUUGGUCAAACUCAUGCUGGUAGCUUCAAGAACACUGUCCACCCAUCUCAUCCUCUGUCGUCCCCUUCUCCUUGUGCCCUCCAUCUUUCCCAACAUCAGGGUCUUUUCCAGGAAGUCUUCUCUUCUCAUGAGGUGGCCAAAGUAUUGGAGCCUCAGCUUCAGGAUCUGUCCUUCCAGUGAGCACUCAGGACUGAUUUCCUUAAGAAUGGAGAGGUUUGAUCUUCUUGCAGUCCAUGGGACUCUCAAGAGUCUCCUCCAGCACCAUAAUUCAAAAGCAUCAAUUCUUCGGCGAUCAGCCUUCUUUAUGGUCCAGCUCUCUCUUCCGUACAUCACUACUGGGAAAACCAUAGCUUUAACUAUUCGGACCUUUGUUGGCAAGGUGAUGUCUCUGCUUUUUAAGAUGCUGUCUAGGUUUGUCAUUGCUUUGUCAAGUGUACCUCCAGCCAAAAACCUAAUGCUUGGGGUGAAAGAAAAAGGAGCAGCUUUGCUACGUUUGUGCCUGCUGAGCAGGCAAAAGCUGACACAUUUGUCUUUCAUUUCUAUUCUAGAGCAGAAACCUUUAGGGUACUUCCAAGCAAUGGCUGUGAUAUUACAAGAUUAGCUAGCUAGUUGUUGCAGCAAGACCAGCACAACAUAAUAAUGGUGCACAAUUGCUGUUGUAAUGAUCAGGGUGAUAUUUUUCAUGUAGCAACAAGGUGCACUCUCAACCUUUCAUUACCGUCUCGCUAUGUAUGUAGGCAAUUUUCUUCAAGCUAUACAUUUAAGUGACACUGGAUGGAGGGCAUAACAUUUCUAACUGAAUAGGCUUAGGGGCAAGAGCAUUCAAUGUCGGGCCAUGGAAUUCGCCUCUCAUGCCGAGAUUUUGGCACCCUGUUAGGCGUUCCGGUGUUCAGGUCUCACAUACAGUGUAACCUCCAUGUUUGAUCAGGAGUUGAAGAUUCUGGUGGCAGCAGGGUCUCGCCUCCAACAGCUGCUUUGCUUGGCAAGCCUGCCGCAGCUCUGGCUGCAUUUGGGAGAUGAACGACUUUUAUGGAGGAUAAUAAACGCUGGGGAAAGCCUACCUUGCAGUCCUAAUCAUUACCACAAAAAUGGCUUUGGAAACAAAUGAGGUUGACAAGACACCAUCCAUCUCCAUUGUUGAUGUAAAUAAUAUAAUUAACCAAGAAUGCUUUUUAAAGCAAUGCUGGAUUGCCAGCUUGGCAUAUCAAGGAAGAGCCCGUCCAAAACUCCAAAGCCUUGCUGACUUGGGCAGCUGUCUGGGCUGGCAGCCCCACAGCUUGAAACAGCAAAGUUAAUUGACUAAGAGCAGAACUAACUGGGUGAACAAAACACCAUUCUGGCAGAGGGAAGUAGCAACACGCAGAAAUGCUUCUAUUUCAGCAGUUUAAAUCAGGAAUCAUUGUUGCCUCUAGUGCUGGCCCAGCUAUAGACAUGAUGAGGAAGAACCCGACCGUCAACCAAGUAACCAUUUUCUCCUUUCAUUGAUUAUAUAGACUUGCCUUUGCUCCAGCCAUACCCUUUAUCACUGGCAAUUAUCUCAUUUCUCCACAUGCCUCGCUGAAACAACUCUCUCUCCCUUCAUGCACUUUCCCCAAAGCCUUUCAAAUUUUUGUUCUCUUUCUCUCAACCACUUUUCUUCACAUUGAAGUGACCAACUCCGUCUACUGCAGUAGUACUGAAGGGAAGGUCAUGCCAUUCACGUAACACCAUUGUAAUUUGCACUGUUUUCCGGGCUAUCUUCUAUUCCCCUUUGAAACACAGGCUAACAUCUUAUUUGCUUUUAAUCAUCUCCAUGCACUGAGCAGAUGCUUUCGCUGAACUGUCUGCAAGGAUUGUAUCACGGUCUGCAAUCAAUUCCAAUUGUUUCAUUCAAUCCAAUGUUGCCACAAAUUUAAUUUCAUCUACCAUCACUCUGUUCAAGCUACUGGCUUUGUUAAGCGUCAAGGGAGCUCUUCACAGCCCUCUCUAGCCACUCACUCCUAAUUGAUGAGUUGUUAACAGUAAAAGGAAGGAACCUGGUUAGGCCAUCUCUAUAGGAUUGUCCAGAAUCAUUACGUGACUGGCUUGUUUGCUGCCUUUUUAAAACCAGAAUAUGCAAUGCAACUUACAAAACUACCAACAUAAUACAAAGCAAGAGAAAGAUGAAACGCCACCUAAAACCACAACACAUUUCAGCAAAAACAAAAACAGCAAUGUAAAAUAGCAGCGGGACACAUGAUAAAAGCAGACUUCAACAAAAGUUCACAUAUAAGAUCAUUGUCACUGCCUGCAGGCAGUGAGUGAGCUAUUAUGUGCUUUGCUCAGGAGAAUGGUCCAAAUCCUGCGUGCCACAGUUGAAAAGGCCCUUUCCUGGAUACUGAUGUGCCAUUUCAUACAGCAGUUAUGAAACCCAAAAGAGGGCUUCUGCAAUAAAAUGACAGUCCCAUGCUGGCUGAGAUGGAUGGAUGUGAUUUUGGAGAUAUUCUGGGUCCAACCAUGAUGGGUCAAAGCAGUGCUUAAACUGAGCUGGGAAGCAAGCUGGUAACCAGUGAUGCUGGAGAAUGGACAGUUCCUAUCAGAAACUUCACUGGACCAGUUGAAGCUUUAAGGCUGUAUUCAAGAACAACCCCAUGUACAGCACUAGAGUCAUCUAACCUGGAUGUAACAAGUAUAAACUAAAACACUGUACUAUGAGACUUGUGUGAGUUCCUCAGAACUGGUCAAGGCAGGACUCGUCAGGGCUGCAGCUUUGCUGGUGGAGCAGCCAGCUGGAUUUUAUGAGGCUGAACCUUUACAAGCAGAGCCAGCCCAGACUACAUCCUCCUAUGCCUGGUUUGGGGAUGAAGAGGAGGAAAGAGAUGCCAGAAUGACCAAGGGGCUGGAGCAACUCGCCUAUCGGGAAAGGUUACAAUGUUUGGCGCUUUUCAGGUUGGGAAAAAGGUGAGUGGGGACAUGACAGAGGUAUAUAAAAUUAUGCACGUUGUGAAGAAAAUGGAUAGAGAAGUUUUUCUCUGUCUCAUAUAAUACUAGAAUUUGGGGCCAUCCAAAGAAGCUGAAUGCUGGAAGAUUCAGGACAGACAAAAGAAAGGACUUCUUCACACAAUGCGGUUAAACUAUGGAAUUUGCUCCCACAAGAGAAUGAUGGCCAACUUGGCUGGUGUUAAAAGAGAGUUGGACACAUUCACAGACAGGCCUAUCAGCAGCUACUAACCAUGAAGGCUAUAAUCUACCUCUGCUGUCAGAAGCAUUACAUUGCUGAAUGCCAGUUGCAGGAAAUCACAGUGGGGAGACCACUAUUGCAAUUCAGGUCCUGUUUGUGGGCUUCCCAUUGGCAUGUGGUUGGCCACUGUGAGAACAGGAUGCUAGGCUAGAUGAGCCUUUAGCCUGAUCAAGGAGGGCUCAUUUUAUGUUCUUAACAGGCUAAUUUUGCCUUUAAGAAUGCAGCAUUAUCCUGAUUGAUCUGUGGAGACUGGGAGCAUUUAUCCAAAAUAAUAAUAAUAAAUUUUAUUUGUACCCCGCCCUCCCCGGAUGCAGCAGAGCUCCAGCAUAGAAGACAACAGUGAGACCUCUUAUUUUCCUUCUCGCCUGCAUCUUUAAACACAUAUUGGGCUACUCUUGGGCUUCCUUCUUUAUCUUAAAUAAACUGAGGCUGCUUGUUUUCAGGAGUCUUUACUUAUUCAAGCAUUAUUAUUUUUUAAAUAAAAAUUUCACAGCACUUGGAUCCACUGCCAAAUAGUUAAAAGUCUGCCUCCUCCCAUAGUAACACUUGCUCGAAGCAAGAGAUGUCAGGAAGAACAAAAGACAGCCUUUGACUUAACACCCAUAAAUAUUAGUAAUGCAUGAAAAGAGUAUUAUUUCAGGUGUGAUUCACUCUAAUCUGCAGUGAGCACGAGAGAUCAUAACACUUCCAACAUUUAUAUGAAUGAUAAAGACAGCUUCUUAGAAGCAAGACCCUGUUCUUUAAGUCCUUUCUAUCCUUUUUCUCUCUCCCCAGUAUUGCAGGAGUGCAAUGCAUGAAUUUAUCUGGUUAUUCUAAAGGCCAUGGCUACAGGGCUGGGGAGACUUUCACAGGAGAGUAUGACCAUGCCUGGAAUGCAGUUUACCUUGAUGGAAGGUGGCAUUUGGUGGACAGCACCUGGGGGAGUGGCUCCAUUGAUGACUGCUUCAGCAAAUUUACCUUCAGGUAUGAUUGUCCUUUCCUCCUCCCUUACAGCUCUGGGGCGCAGGGGUGGGGAUAAGCAAAACAGGUAGCUUUCCUUGGUCACAUUCAAGGGCUCUGCAACAUAUACUAUUUGAUUUACUUGCUUCAUUUAUAACUACUUAUUGAAAUCCGUGUCAAAUUUCAGAUUUGAAAAAACAAAAGCAUCAUCAGGAUGUAGGGCUUAUCAUUUAACCAUAAUGACCAUUUACUUCACUAUUCCAAGCUACGUGUCUCAAAGGCUAAUCAUGAAGGGGACAAAGCUUCAUUUUAAAAAUAAAUAAAUAAGGGUGGAUAUAUUUUCUCCCCUCCCACCAAUUGGCCCCUAAAAGUUCUCCUCAGGCUUCCACCUAUGAGAAAUGUCAAGCUCUUAAACAGGGUUGUUACAAACUAAAAAGGUAUAGAAAUCUAGCUAAACAAGUCCCCAUUCUUUGAAUGUUAAUAUUUCCACUAACUAUUGAAACCAAAACACUCCUGAAAGGUAUGAGAACCAUGAAAAAGAAAUUAAAGCUUGGAAACAAAUGGUAGAAAUCCACUUGGUCCAGAUAGUUACCAGUGUUACUGGUAGUCUGGACAAUGACCCAUGUGAAGGAUUUGAUAUUCCUCCAUGUGAAGACCUAGUAUUGGGACAGUCCAUGUUAUAAUUAGAAGGGCACAGUAAUUAGAAAUGAAACACAGAUCACCAAGGCUAGAGACACCGUGGGGCAAGCAACAGGCCAAACCGAGUUUACUAGCCAGUCUGAAAAUCCCCAUAUUAGCUUAUUAUAGACCUUCUUUGGCACAACACAAUUGAAGAUGAGCAUUGACUUUGAAAAUGCAUUUUCAGUAGCUCCUGCUAAAAAUUAAUUCUGAGAGAAUACUGCUUCCAUUUGGCAUUGUCCCUUAAACAUAGAGGGACUACACUGGGUGUAAAGAGUUAUUUCUUAACUGAAGUUGUUAAAUUCCACGUUUUUGAAAAUUUUACUCUCUAAUGGCUAGAGAGAGAUUUUUUUCUUAUUGCCCUCUUUCAAAAUGCCUGAUUUGCCCACAUGCUUGGGGAGCAGAAUUCAGCAUUCUUAGAACUCCCAUCCAGCCUUCCUUUAUUUAAAUUAAGUUUUUAUCCCUUAAACCUGCAAACCUAGGCUUGAAAGUGCAUGCAGAGAACAUACAGUGGUACCUAUAGUUACAAACUUAAUUCGUUCCAGAGGUUCGUUCUUAACCUGAAACUGUUCUUAACUAGAGGCAUGCCUUCACUAAUGAGGCCUCUUGCUGCCGCUGCGCCACUGGCAUACGAUUUCUGUUCUCAUCCUGGGGCAAAGUUCUCAACUCAAGGUAACUCUUCCAGGUUAGCGGAGUUUGGAACCUGAAGCGUUUGUAACCUGAUGCAUUUGUAACUCGAGGUACCACUGUAUAGGGAAAUCCAAGAAGCUGGGGAGGAUGGAGAUUUCAGUGCUUUGCAUGAUCCUGUCUAUGUCUUGCUGAAGCAGAAUGACUGAAUUAUGCAAUUUAGGAAGUUUAUGUAACCUCCCUACCUUAACAAAUUAUAGUUUAUUGAGUCAGGAACAAGUUUUUGGCUUUAGCACAUCCUUUCUGAUCUUUAAAACAGCAUCCCUGUUAUAUAUGAAAUCUCAUUUGGAAAUCUUUUUGGAAACAUGGAUUGCAUAGGUGCACGUAGGAUUGUUUUUAUUGUUAAGAUGAGCUGACAAUGUUUCUUUUUAUUGUAUUUGCAAAAUUUUAAAAAGUUAAAAACACAUUUAUCAUUUAAUGUCAUUUAACUAUCCAGGACCAUACUAUGGUUUAAAAUCCUGGUUAAUAUGCUAACAUUAGUUCCUCACUAACAUAACUAGCAACUCAACCUUAAACAGACCAUUACUGAUAUGAGGAAAUCAGUGCAUAAACUAUGCAUUAUAAAGCCAGGAGCAUUAUAACCAAACUGGGCCACUGAUAACUUACACUAUAACAGGCAACCUCAUUUGACUGCACCCUCUGUUCUAUGGUAUUCUGAGCCAAAUCCAUCCAGCCCCAAAUCUACACAUCUCAUCUCUUCAUUUUGCCUCCUAGAGCUCAGCUGUGUUUCCUACCAUCAUUCCAGUCCUAAUUUAUGUACAGUUGAAAGGAAACUCCCAUUGAUAAACCUAUCUAGAACUGCAGCCAUAGUUAAUAUUCAGUACAAGGCAGAAAGCUAAGAGAAUCCGGUGCCAGUGAUGUAUUGACCUCUCCUCUCUUGUUCCAGAUACAACGAAUUUUAUUUCCUCACCCACCCCGCCCUAUUUAUUAAUAAUCAUUUCCCAGACAACAGCAAUUGGCAGCUCCUCAAACCAGCUGUGACAUUGAAACAGUUUGAGAGCAACAUGUUAUAUAAGAGUGACUUUUACAUGAUGGGAUUGCUGGCAGCCCACCCAGAAACACCAAUUAUUCAAACAGGUACAGUGAUACAUGUCAUUGCCCCAUGCCGGUCUUAUUAUAAGGAACAGUUCCAGGCUUUGGUAGGGGGCUAAAAAAAAAGAUAAAAGUAGCAAAGGUUAGGAUUUGGGCUGCUGGAUUACUUUUAAAAGAUUAGCUCUGUGGGACUAAAGCAUGGGGUUCAAAGUUCUGCAGCCUUUUUUCAUCUUAAUCACCAUUACCCUUGGGGUACCAAUCGGUGUAAAAUACGAAGUGCUAUUUAUUACCCAUCAGAUUGCAUGUGCCCCAAGAAUAUUUAUAUUCCAGCCUGAAGUGAAGGGGAAAGUUUCAGAAAAUUCUGGGCUGAGGCUCAGAGCCUUAUAUGGGUGCAAGUUAGUACACUUGAGUUUCAGACGCUCCCCAUGGUGUCAUUCAGAACCUAACCAUGGAACGAAUAAUUUCAUUUUGAAAUCCUGUCUUUUGAACUCUCUCAGACUUCUCUGAAACUGACAAGUUUCUAAGGGGUUGUAGUCAAAAAAUGCAGGCAGCUUGAGCUGUAACUGAAAGACAUCGGUGCUUUCAUCUUUUCCAAGAAUGAUGAGCAAUUCUACUGCAUUUGUAAUAAAACAGAAGCAAACAAGUACCCGAAAAUGAAGGCUUCCCACCCUUAACCCUCUUGUUAUUUAUUCUGAAUUUGGACUUGACAGACGCUUGUCAACUUCUAACCAGCCAACCAUAAUAUUCUCCCUUUCACUGCCAAAAUGAUUGACAGUACAGCAGGCAAUUCCAUUCUCCAGGUCAUUUUCUCCAGCUUUUUUUUUUUUUUUUGAUUGAUUUGUAUUUUUGAGUAAAUAGUAAGAAACAUCCUAACCAGCCUCCUUUAUUUGCAUGUCACAGUAAAUGGGAAAGUAGUAGUAGCUGUGGAGACUCGUUUGCCAAUGCUGUUCAUGUUUGAACUGAAAGGGGCAAAGGAAUAUAGCUUGAUGACUCUGAAGAGGAAUGGGAUGAACCUGGAGCUCUACCCACAGAAGACGGGGACCCAUAAGCUACAGAUCUACGCCAAACCAUCCAAGGGCUCAGAUGAAGUCUACAACUGUGUGAUAGAAUAUACAUUAGAGUGUAGCUCUGUAGACAGGAACGUCUGCUUUCCAAAGGAACUUCAUCAACCUGUUGGGCCCAGCUGGUUCUCAGAGAGGCAAGGAUUCCUCAAGCCCUCGCAAAAAGGCCCAAUCAUUCAUACCAGUGACGGGCGCUACGAUCUCAGCUUCAUCCUCAGUAAGGACUUGAGUGUUUUAGCUUCCCUGCAUUCGGGCAACGUAAGCCUCAGCGAGGAUACAACAAGACGGCACAUCUUGCAAGCUUGCCAAGGAAACCAGGUAGACUUUAAGGUCCACCUUCCUCAUGCAGGGAACUUUGCUUUUAAAAUCUUUGCGAAAAAGAAGUCUGAUCCUGGAAAUUAUAACUAUGUCUUCAACUACCUCAUCUGUUGCCCAAACACCAAGGUGAAAUGGCCAGUGUUCCCCCAGACUUAUAGCAAGUGGGUGGAGGGUUAUGAGCUAGUAGAGCCGCUAGCCGGGUUGCUCCCUGCUGACCGCAACGUUAAGUUUAAACUCAAGCUUCAUAGCAUUGCCAAGGCAUUUGUUCAAUGUGAAAAAAUCUGCCCCUUGUCUUUAAGCAAGGAUGGCUACUGGGAGGGAUCUUGCAGCACAUCAGGCUGCACAGAGGUCUAUGUGAUGGUGCUGGAAAAUGCCAAUCACAAGUUCUACUCUCACAUCUUGAAAUAUGAAGUAGAGCCACAGUAGGAGGCCAAUCCUACUCUUAUCAUCUGUCCACAUGUGCAGAGAGAUCUGAUAUAUCACAGUUCAUACCGCUCUCGAGUAAUUCCUUAAGGCUCCCUUAACAUUGGGGAAUAGUGCUCACCCCUCUCUGAAGCACCAACAAAACAAUACAACUUGAUCAAAACUUCCUGAAUGGUAUUACACAAUGAGUGGCAUUUGUAGGAAAUGUAUAGUUUCUUUACCAGUGUAACGUCAUACUUCCCAUAUACAUAAUUUCAACUAUAGAUUAUUCUUGUGCUACGGGCACAGUACAUUUUGCACAUUUCCCCACCUAGUCCACCUCCAUUUUAGGAUGCAACUGCUGAUUUCUGAAUGGCUUACAUUCAACAAAUAUGUUAUGGACAACAAAGGGGCAUUCUCUAACUCAUUGUGGGCCAGGAAGAGAGAAGGACCACACACUUUUGAGCAUCAAUGUGAGAGUGGCUGCAGAAUCUCAUCAAAACACAUAUUGGUGCAAGAUUAUAAUCCAAAUGGAAGCUUUCUUGUGUGCACUUCAUUGUC